AGAAUGGCAUCACCGCUGCCCUGGCUGUACAUCAUUUUGUGGGUAGAGAAUGCCCUAGGGAAACCUGAAGAUGAUGGAAACUUCUACUCAGAGAACGUCAGUCGGAUCCUGGACAACUUGCUUGAAGGCUAUGACAAUCGACUCCGGCCAGGAUUUGGAGGUGCUGUCACUGAAGUCAAAACAGACAUCUACGUGACCAGUUUUGGGCCCGUGUCAGACGUGGAGAUGGAGUACACCAUGGACGUUUUCUUCCGCCAGACGUGGACUGAUGAGAGGUUGAAGUUUGGGGGGCCAGCUGAGAUUUUGAGUUUGAAUAACUUGAUGGUCAGCAAAAUCUGGACACCUGACACUUUUUUCAGGAAUGGCAAAAAAUCAAUUGCUCACAACAUGACAACUCCUAAUAAACUCUUCAGAAUAAUGCAGAAUGGAACCAUUCUGUACACUAUGAGGCUUACCAUCAACGCUGACUGUCCUAUGAAGCUGGUAAACUUUCCUAUGGAUGGGCAUGCUUGCCCACUCAAGUUUGGGAGCUAUGCCUACCCUAAAAGUGAAAUCAUAUACACAUGGAAAAAAGGACCACUUUACUCAGUCGAAGUUCCAGAAGAAUCUUCAAGCCUCCUCCAGUAUGAUCUGAUUGGACAAACAGUAUCUAGUGAGACGAUUAAAUCUAACACAGGUGAAUACGUAAUAAUGACAGUUUAUUUCCAUUUGCAAAGGAAGAUGGGCUACUUCAUGAUACAGAUAUACACACCUUGCAUUAUGACCGUCAUUCUCUCUCAGGUGUCUUUCUGGAUUAACAAGGAGUCUGUCCCCGCCAGAACUGUCUUUGGGAUCACCACUGUUCUAACCAUGACCACUUUGAGCAUCAGUGCCCGACACUCCUUGCCAAAAGUGUCCUAUGCAACUGCCAUGGAUUGGUUUAUAGCUGUUUGCUUUGCUUUCGUCUUCUCUGCUCUUAUUGAGUUUGCAGCUGUCAACUACUUUACCAACCUUCAGACGCAGAAGGCCAAAAGAAAGGCAAAGAGUGCGGCCUGCCCUCCAGUGACAAUAUCAAGAGCGACUGAACCCCUGGGAGCCGAGGUUGUCUUGCAUCCGGACUCCAAGUAUCGCCUGAAGAAGAGAAUCACCACCCUGAGCUUGCCAAGAGUCCCACCCUCUGAGGUCAGCCAAGCCCUCCGCGCGCCCCCCUCACCAUCCACGCCCAUCACGCCCCCGCCGCUCUCUCCAGCCUUCGGAGGCACCAGUAAAAUAGAUCAGUAUUCUCGGAUUCUCUUUCCAGUCGCAUUUGCAGGAUUCAACCUUGUAUACUGGAUAGUUUAUCUUUCCAAAGACACAAUGGAAGUGAGCAGCAGUGUUGAAUAGCUUGCAGGCAGGACACCCUGUCUUAUAUAAGUUCUCAUUUUCUGAUUUUUUUUUUAAAUAGCACUAAGACAUGUGUAGAUGAACAUGCUUUCCGAAUGUGAAAUCGAAAUUGAAAAUCUGUAACGUAUAGCUUUCAGUAAGCAGAUAUGAACCAAAAAGCAAUAAUAUCACUCCUCAGAAUUGGGAGUUGAAGGUUGCUAAAAUAUAUGACUUUAGAUGGUGGCACAAAAUGCAAUAUACAGAUUAUGUAUCACAGAAAUAUAUACUUGAAACCUAUAUGAUCUUAUUAACCAAUGUCACCCCAAUAAAUUUAAUAAAAUAUGACUUUGGUGUACAUUAGAGAAAAAAAUGUAUAAGAAGAUAAGAUUGAUUCAAGGUGAAUCUGCCAAUCUUUGUUUUUCCUUGUUCAAUAUUUUAAUUGUCACUGUGAGUAGCUUAUACCGCAAUACAGAUAAAAUAAGGAAGGCUGACAAUUCCAAAGGUUGCCUUAAAAUAUAUUUAUUUUGGCUUAGUUUUCAAGAAAGCAAAAUAUAAAUAGUGUAAAUAUUUGUCAGUAGGUUAACAGCAGCAUGUUGGAGGCCUUUAUGCUAGUAAAAUGGCUUUCAGUGGCACUGUAAAGCCCAUAUUGAGCUUAGCCAUUUGUUUUUAACCUUGCUGUGCUAUUUUACCUCAAUAAAGUAUGGUGUUUAUAUACAUAUGAAUUAUACAUAGAUUAUAAAUUAUGUAUGCAUAUGUACAUAGCUUUAGCUGGACUGCAAUACAACAUUGCUUUAUCUUGUUAAGCUUUCCUUUUAAAAUAGUAUGUUCAUUAUAAUUCCAUGAAGUUAUAGGAAAAAAUAGUGAUUAUAAGGAAACCUUGUGAAUUAUGACUGUGGUUAUAUCUUGUAUUUUCUACCUUUCUGAGUAUACCAUUAAAUAAAACAACAAUGAA